UCAAGGUUAAAGUCGUCCACGGUGAUUGUCAUAACUCGUUUAUUCUAGACCAAAUGACCGAGAGUGAAGGUGAACGAGGGAGGAAGUGCCAUUCUAUGAAGCUGUGAGCAUCGCUCCCAAAGUUCAAUGACAUUGGGGAGGGAUUUGCUGUGCACCACAGUGGUAUGGGGGCGCAAGGUAACACGACGUUCAGCAACGAGAGCAAUCCAGCACGCUUUUCCAUUUUUUUCAAUGAGAUUGACUAUGGGGAGGAGUCCGAAGUAGCGCGGCACGGGUUGCUCAUCUUUCUUUUUCUUCUCUUCUUGAGGCUUUUUUAUCUGACCUUUGCGGAAUUCUUCACGACCCUUCGGCUGUUUAACCCGCUUGGCGAUGAAGACUUCGAAUUUGAGGGCGAUGAGCAGUCUGACUCAGGCGACGAAAGUCCGUCGAAGCCAGCUGAGCCACUCAUCAUACCAAAGGGACUUCGCAUCGGAGAUCCCACGAACAGAUGGGCCAGGGAUUCACUAUUUGAUUCCACACGUGGAGAGAUUGGUUUAGCAAGGAGUAUUUUCAAGAUACGAGGUUCACCAAAUGAGACCAGUUGGCCAGUGAGUGUCGUUGGGCUUCUUACUGGGAUCUUUUCUGACUCCAACAAGUCCUUCUGGAGUUUACCGGACGCAAACAAGUUGUCCUUUAUAAAUGUGGAGCCUGUUGACCUUCCCUCUGUCCUACCCAAUUUUCCUUCAUCCGCGCCGCGGCAUGAGGUCGACACUAAGACACACAUGCCCCUAGGGACAAUGUCACCAACUCCUGUUGAUCUUAUCCACCGAUUCCUUGAAUACGAACCAUCCCAGCGUCUCCGCCCUUCCAUGGCAUUGACUCACCCCUGGUUCACCUCCGAACCACCGUUACCUCUGCUAGAUGACUUCCCUGCUCCAAGCAUUCAUGGUGAGGCUUCAAUAAGCUUUAGCUGGGGCACAAAUUCUCUGGGAGAAUGA